UGGUAUAUUCUAACGGUUCCGUCGCGGUCACACUUUUAUUUUGGCAGGAAGGAAAUCGCCAGUUAUAGAUCACAAUUGGGAAAUUAAGUUAAAUUGAUGUGAUAUUUGAGUCCGCCUGAGUGAGCAUGUCGUUAAACUAUGAGAAGAUGAGCUGGUCGGAUGUGCGGGAUCAGUUUAGAACGUGGCGCGAGGAGACGGGUCGCCACAGCGAGGAGGUGGUCCAACUGUGGGUAGCUGUGCUGGAGGACAAGGUUCAGAAGACCGGCAACGAGCGACAUCUCAUCCUGGAGCAGGUGAUCAUCGCGGCAUUGGACACGGCUCGCUUUGAUAUCGCCACCCAAUGCACCAAGCAGCUGGCCCUGGAGUUUCCGGGCAGUCUGCGCGUAAUGAAGUUCAAAGCGAUGCGCUACGAGGCUCUGGAGCAGUAUGAUGAGGCCGACGAGGUCCUGGACGCAAUCAUUGCCAAAGACGAGACAAAUGCCGCGCCCAGGAAGCGAAAGAUUGCCAUCCUCAAAGCCCGGGGUCGUCGCCUGGAGGCCAUCAAGGAGCUCAGCGAGUAUCUGAAGAAGUUCAUGUCUGACCAGGAGGCAUGGCACGAGCUGUGCAACAUGUAUCUGGCCGAGGGUGAGUUUGGCAAAGCCGCCUUCUGCAUGGAGGAGGUUUUGCUCCACAAUCCCCAUAGCCAUCUGAUACACCAGCGCUUGGCGGAAAUACGCUACACAAUGGGUGGCGCCGAGAAUAUGGAAUCGGCUCGCACUUACUAUUCGCAGGCGCUGAAGCUUAACCCGCAUAACUUGAGAGCCCUUUAUGGAAUUUACUUGGGCUGCAACCACUUGGACAACUCCCGAGCUGUGAGCUCCAAGCGAAAGGAGCUGCAAAAGUUGGGUCAGUGGGCCCUGGAACAAAUUUUGACAAAGAGAACGAUUGUACCAUUGGAGGCUGCCUUUGGAAACCUGGAAAUCAAAUCGAAUUGACCAAUAUAAGCACUAAUAAUUUGUGCAAUAGAUGCCAGAAUGUAAUGAUUCCAAAUAUUGUCAGAAGUGGGUUUCCAGUUUCUGUUUCUUAUGCAAGUACAUAGAUAAACAAUUAAAGUAGCAGAAGUAAAAACAAUUUUAUAGUCAGUGCA